UAAAUCCCCUAUAACCCCUGUGUAUUCCAGGCUGGCUCCCUCUGCCCUGUUGAACCCCCACCGCGGCCUUUUGGGGUUGGGGAACUACGACGUCAACGUCAUCAUGGCGGCCCUACAAAGUGUGGGGCUGGCGGCCCUAUGGUGGGACAAGCGACGCCCUUUAUCCCUCCUGGCCUUACCCCACAUCCACGGUUUCAUCCUGAACGUCCCGACCCCAUUAACUUUGGGGUCCGUGUCCAUCCCGUGGUGGCGCCGACCCCAUUGGUUGGCCAUAAAACAACUCGGGGGGGUUUAUUACAACCUGGAUUCCAAACUGCCGCAGCCUCGACCCAUCGGGGACCAAGAGCAACUCAGGUCGUACCUGGCCGGGUUCCUGUCCCAUGGGGACUCUCAGCUGUUCCUGGUGGUGUCCAAGGAUGUGGAGGAGGAUGGAACGUGGCUGGGACCCCAAUGAAACCCUAUAGGAUAUAGGGGAACACCCUAUAGGAA